AUGCUCCGAUAUCGACUCUCCACAGUGAUGUCGCACAAAAAGCAGACGGCUUUCGCGGGCCACCGUUUGCCGGGACACAGGGCGUCGGCAAUGUGAAACCACGGUUCGGACAACCAUUGCCGAGCAGACUCCAGAGACUCCUAUCUCGAUGACUCGAGCGCCCCACAAUGAGCCCGAGCUUGAGCAUUUAGUGCGGCACGCCUGCUGUCAUUUUGGCGCACCGACAUUUUGAAUCUUUCAGAUCCCACCAUCUCUUGACCUGCAUCAUGUUCCUCAACUACGUUGUCGUGGAUGUCUUCACAACUACACGAUUCAAGGGCAAUCCCCUGGCCAUCGUGCAAGUGCCCGCGAACUAUUGGUCCUCUUUAUCCCAGGAAGCCAAACAACUGAUUGCGGUGGAGUUCAAUCUCUCGGAGACAAUUUUCUUGCACGAACCCCCGGAAGACAGCCAGGAUCCGACCGAAUCGGUUUCCGUCGAUAUUUUCACCCCGAAAUGUGAGAUUCCGUUCGCCGGCCACCCAACGAUUGGGAGUGCAGCCUAUAUUUUUCAGAAUUAUCCCAGAGCUGCCAAUGGAGGAUUAAAGGAAUUGGUGACCAAAGCCGGUCGUAUUCCGGUGUCGCAGGAUUUGAACACUUCUCUUGUCAGCGCGAGUAUCCCGUUCGAUUACCAUCUCCACCAGACGCCUGUGUUGUCUAGUCUCGCGGUAUCCGGUGCCGCGCCAGUCACCUCUAUUGUGAAAGGAAUGACGUUUGUUCUGGCCGAGCUGCGUGAUCUCGAUUGCCUGAAAGAUGUUUCUGCCGGGUUGGUUGAGGAUUGCAUCCGGCCACAGGGUUUGGACGAAGGGUGGAACCACGGGCUCAUGGCGACAAAAUACUAUGUCGAUCUUGGGAAAAAUGAGCAAGGUUGCAGGCAGCUGCGAACCAGGAUGUUUGUUUCGUGGGAAGAUCCGGGAACAGGCAGCGCAUCCAGUGCACUCUCUUGCUUCCUGGCGCUGGAGGAGCCAAAGGAGCAGGGAAGUGGACCUUUUGAAUACCACAUUGUCCAGGGCGUUGAGAUAGGAAGGAGAAAUGACAUCUUCGUUAGAGUUUCUCGAAGCGUAGAUGGAGAAAGAAUCACGGAAGUCUUGCUUCGAGGUACAUCGGUCUUGGUUAGCGAAGGGCGAAUCACAGUGUAAUGAAUGCCUUCAAUGUUGACUGGAG